UUGCCACUCAAUUCGCUUUCAACUUCUGAAACUGUUAGAGCUUUAACUUUAACUAUUUCAUUUCAUAUUCGAAGAACUUGAAGUGCAAACUAAUUUGUUAAGAUGGUUGUAACGAAAAAUCUGGGUUUCACCGAAAAGGUAGCUAAAUUGGACCGCCAACCCUUGCAUGUCGUGAGCACUCCCUUCGAGAAAGCCACAUUCGGAAUGGGAUGCUUUUGGGGUUGCGACUCGUUGUUUGGAGCCACCCUCGGUGUUCUGAGAACUUCUGUUGGAUAUUCCGGUGGCACAACCGGCUCCCCAGUGUACAAAAAUAUGGGCGAUCACACGGAAGUGAUUGAAAUUCAUUACGAUCCUACCCAGAUAAGCUAUUCGGCCCUGCUAGAUCUGUUUUGGAACAAUCACGAAUAUGGUUUGACCACCCGAAUUAAGCGUCAGUACAUGUCGCUGAUUUUGUGUCACAAUGAGGAACAAAGGCGCACUGCAGAGGCCAGCCGCACCGAGGAGCAAAUCAAGCGAGCACCUGAGCAAAUUAUUACCGAAAUUGCCACCGCUGGAAUCUUCUAUCCCGCUGAAGAUUAUCAUCAGAAAUACCGCCUGCAAAGUCACCGCGAGCUGACCAAAGAAUUGGGAUUGAAUCCGGAACUGUUGCAGACUUCGCACGUAGCGGCAAGAUUGAACGGUUAUCUGAUCGGGGUCGGUGGAAUGGACCAGUUCGAUAGUGAUGCAGAACGGCUCGGUCUCAGCGAGGAGCAGAUCCAGUAUGUGCGUGAUUACGUACGGGACAACGAGGGCGGUGGUAUUUUUUGCUGAACUUAACUUAUGAAAAUCGAAUUAGAUCUUUUUAUAGUGUUUAGUUUUUUGAAUGUCGUUAUCUGCUUAGUAGCUAGUAUAAGGGUAAUGUUUUUAUAAAGUAUUACCAUGUUAGAAAUUCUAAUAGCUUAAGAUAGAAUCGUUCGUAAUAGUUUGCUCUGUUAGGCUAAUAGUACCUGUGUUAGGAUUAAGUAGUGAAAGCAUUAAGGAAUGAAAUACACAUACUGAAGUCGU